AUGGGGAAAUCUGCGUUCAUUUUAUUAGUUAUCUUUCAUGCUGCGAAAUGCCUUCUAGCCCCUCAAUCCGACAAUGAAACUAAUACUGGACCUUUUCCCCAUUCUCAUUUGUCGGAGACUUCGGGGGCCUCAUUGGAUACCAGCAUUCUCCACGAAAUUCUUUCACAGGAAACUGCACUGAGAAUUCACCUGCAGAAAAACGUGGAGACAAUGAUGAAUGAAUUUGCAAGCCUUAAAGCAUCUAUGACAAACGAAAUAAAUUCUUUGAAACAAGAUAUUGCAGAACUGAAGACUGAGAACUACGAACUUCGCCAGAAUUUUACUGCUUUGAAAUCUUUCUGUAGUCAGGAAUUUCAAAAAAAUGCUUCUUCUCCUGCAGUGUAUUUGGAUGAUCUUAAUGCAAUAAGCAAUCUAAAGAAACAAGUGAGAUAUUUGUCACUAUCUCUUUUGGACCUACAAAAACAAUCCAGUGUAUUUAAUGAUACUUUACAAGAGAGUUUCAGGAAUAUGUCAGGAAAUAUGAAUUCAGGUUUGAAAGACGUUAUGAUAGAUAUCCUUAGCGUUAAGGAGGAACAGAACAAAAUAAAAUCCUCACUUGCGAGUUUGGACAAAACACAUACACAGUUGACUUCAUCUUUAAAAGGUGAAUUGAAUAUGACAUUACAUGAUCUGAAAACUAGUCUCGGAAGAACAGAACGUCAACAGGUUGAUCUGGUGAAUUCUUUAUCUGCUCUUGAAUGGAACAUGUCGUCUCUAGUUCAAUCAGAAACACUCAAAAUUGGAUUUACAGCUUCAAUGUCAACUUCUGACAUGAGUACCACACCUGAACGACGACUGGUCUUCCCGCAUGUUAUACUAAACGAAGGAAACGGAUACAAUUCUAACGAUGGUAUCUUUACAGCCCCUGUAAAUGGUCUUUAUCUGUUCUAUUCGUCUCUCAGUUCUUAUUCUUCUGACACCUGUUAUUGUGACAUAGUUCAAAAUGGCAGUAUUAAGGUCAGAAUAUACACAUAUGCAAACGGUAAUGCACCAAAUCAAUCGGCUGCAAACAUGGCUUUGCUCUUACUUCAAAAGAAUGACAGAAUUUGGUUGAAAAUGGCAUUUGGGACUCGGAUUUACUCAGACACAAACUCUGUUUCAACAUUUUCAGGAUACUUAAUACAUGUGGCCUGA